GAGAGAGCAACUCAGUAAACCAGUUUCCUCGACAGUCCACGGUUGGACUUGGCCACUCGUAGUGCCGCGUUCAACUGCGCGAUUUCCCAGUUUCCAACCGGAUUUUCCUCAAUUUCCCUCAGAACAAAGAAGUCCUGAAAUGUGUUAUGUGUCUUUCAUUUCAAGUAUAUCGUUUAUAGUGAAUUGGUGUAUUCUAUUUCGAAUAUAAUAGCUUUUGGGACUAUUAUUGCAAUGUGGCCUAACAAUGUCUUAUGACAUUACCGCGGGGAUAUUUUUGAAAUCUGACAAACGAGUAUUGAAAAAAAGGACAAAAUGUUCGUGUUCUUCAAAAAAAGUGUUUUUAGACAAUGCCUGGCUGCAUUUGGAGGCUCCCUAACGGCUAUGAUGGCAGGGACAUCCUACGGCUGGAUAACACCGAUCCUGAUUGGUCUGCUGGGACCCAAGAGCGAGGUUCCCAUGACCAAUGACCAGAGCUCUUGGAUUAUCAGCUUCAUCGAACUUGGCAAUCUGUUCUCGCCCAUACCGGCGGGCUUGCUAGUGGACAGGUGGGGGAGGAAACCCUGCCUCUUGAUAACUGGACCUAUCUACAUUGCUAGCUGGGUUCUGGUGUUCACCACAAGAUCAGUGAACGUCCUCUACCUAGUGCGCAUCCUCCAAGGCAUGGGCAUGGGCAUAGUUUACACAGUGCUUCCGAUGUACCUGGGCGAGAUAGCAUCCCCCGAAAUUAGGGGAGCCCUCAGCACCUUCCUGGACGCCAUGUGCAACACAGGAAUCCUGUUCGAGUACUGCAUCGGGCCCUUUGUGUCCUACCCCUCUCUGGCCCUAAUUUCGGCAGGGGUGCCUGUCGUUUUCCUGCUGAUUUUUCCCUUCAUGCCAGAGUCCCCCUACUUCCUGCUGAUGCACAACAGACGCGAGGCGGCUGCCGACUCCCUCAAAUGGCUGCGGGGCAAAACUGACGCCGCAGACGUCGAGAAGGAGCUGGUCGCUAUGAAGGGCUCUGUCGAUGAGGAGAUGAAGUGCAAGAGCCGGUGGCGAGAUCUGGUGGCCACUAGGGUAGAACGUCGCGCGCUGCUGAUCGCGCAGGUGGUGACCGUUUCUAAGUCGCUGAGCGGCAUCGGCGCAGUCGUGUCGUACGCGUCGCAGACGUUCGCCAAGACGGCCGACGGCGACCCGACGCUGCUGCUCAGUCCCGACCUGCACACGAUCAUCAUGGGCCUGACCAUCUGGCUGGUCACGUUCGUGGCUGCAGUUGCCGUCGAUCGCUGCGGCCGACGACCGCUGCUCCUCAUCUCGUCCACCGGCUGCUCCCUCUUCAUGCUCGCUACGGCCGCCUACUACUUUGUCGACGAGAAGACCGACUUCGAUGUCGACAACUACAGCAUUUUACCCUUCUCUACCAUCUCUGCCUACUGUAUCAUAUUUUCACUAGGUUUAGGACCACUGGUGCCUACCCUUCAAGCAGAACUAUUUCCCUCCAACACGCGAGGGUUGGCCUCUGGUUUAACGUCUGUCACGGACACCAUUGCUUCUCUAAUUUGCAUGAAAAUGUACGAAGUGAUUGCUGACAACGUGGGAACUUUUCUGAAUUUCUGGUGUUUUGGAAUUUUUUGUGCGAUAGGUACGGUUGCCAUGUAUUUUAUAGUUCCUGAAACUAAGGGCAAAACCUUCCAUGAGAUACAGAUGGACUUGAGUCGGAAAGAAUUGCCCAAGGAGAAACUUGUGAUGAAAAAUAUUGGAAACACUAAUAAACAGCCAACAAAUAAUAUACAGAUGUAUAGCUGAUAUUUGAUAAACUUCUAUGUAUAUUUUUAAAAUAGAAUAAUAUAGUUUAGAUGUGUAUUAAUGUUCGAAAAAGAUUGUAAUGCUUAGGUCUUCUGUAAUACAGUACCUAUAAGUUUUUAUCUAGAUUACAAGUACGAAAAAUACGAAUAAAAUGACUGAGUUGAAAAGAUACCUAUUGAUAUUGUGAAACUUUGACAUAAUGUUGAAAAAUUUUUGUCAAUGAAUUAUUGUCGAUUAUUACUAUUUGACUUGCGGUUCUGCAAAAUGAAUAAGAAAAUAAAACUGUUUUUUAUAGUCUCUUGCAGUCCUGUAAGCUAAUUAACAAAGAGGAAUUGACAAUAUAGUCAGAGUUUCUCAAUAUUAUGCAAUAUGGAGAAGUUCUACAAUGUUAAUAUGUAUAUAACACAUUGCUCUCAGUUAUGUUUGGCUUUUAAACGUUUUGUUCGGGCUCCAAUGAUUGAUUGAGUCGUUAGAACAAUUAUUGAGGAAAUUUCAGUCAUUAAGUUUAAAUUAAAUUAUGAAUAUUUCUAUAGCAUUUUAAAGAAUUGAUUCACUGAAACAGUUGAUGUAUGUGAAUGAAAAAAAUACAUAUUUUUAAGUGAACACUCACUACUGAAAAUAUUAAAUUUAUUUAAUAAUUUUUAUUGUUAGCGUUAUUUUUAGUGUUAGUGUUAUGGGUUAUACUCUGUGAUAAAUAGAUAAUAUCAAUGAGAUUACGGUAAUAUUGUGAAAUUGAUGCUGAAAUGGUGCUGAAAUCAGGUUGAAUAAUUGAAAAUAAAUACAUCUUACUGUUAAAAACUAUCUAACAAAAUGUUAUACAAAAUAUAAUUAUAUAGUAAGCAGGCAGAGAAAAUUUGAUUCUACUCAUUGAUCCAUUCUCCAUUCGGCAUUUGAAUUAGAAAUAAAUUUUAUGCUUUUCCGUUCGGAAUGCUACUUCUGUAUAUGUUUAACACAGUAAAUCUGUUUGAUGUACACUUGGUUCCAAGUGAAUGAAGUUAUUCUUCUAAUUAUAAGUUUGACAGUGGAAUGGUUCGAUUUUCAAGGUCCAAGUGAAUAAUAAUUUAUUGAGUAAGCUGAUGGAAUGAAUGUGUUCAACAGAAAACUUAAAAUAAACUAUUUUCCAAAAACUACUUCCAAUCUAAAUUAAAUCAUGCUCAAAAAUCUCAAAAUAAAUUCAUUUUUGCAAAUAAGAUCCAAAAUACAUGAGCACAUGAGGUAGGCCUACAUGCUGAGUAUAAAAUGUUUUUACAAAAUCCACUGUUUUCAGUAGGCUAUAAGAAUCUAGUUGGUACACUGCAUGAGAUAAACCUGAUGAAUCCAAGUUUUUUCUCACAGCUCAAAUUUAUUGCAACUCUGGAGCGAGUUAUCCAUGAUUAUUUAUUCUUUGAGUGCAUAAUAUCGAAUUCUCAAAGGGGCAUCAUUGAAAAUUCAUUGUGAUCUUAUAAAGAAGGAAGAGAUGAAAGAGAGAGAAUUUCUCGCUCUUUAACGCGUAUAAAUAUUUCAUUGAAUUCUUUCCCUACUAAAGCUAGGGAUGAGGAUCCAACUCACCAAGGGACUCUCCCUAUGGAAUCACAUAGGAAGUCGUGUAAUGAGUUUAUCUCUGAUGCAGAUUAGUAUUUAAUUCCAGGUUCGAUUGUAAGCGAGUUCAUCUCAUUGACAUUAAAUGUUUUCAGAAACUCUGAAUUUUUGUUAUUUGGUAUUGUACUCGAAA